GGUGCCUGCCUCCGAUAUGCCUCCCAGUGACCGACCUAAGAAAAAGAGUCCCCGAGCAUGUGAACGAUGUCGGUCGAUGAAGGUCAAGUGUUCGGGAUCACAUCCCUGCUCACGAUGUACUCGCAGCAAUCGAUCCUGUCACUUCACUGUGGAGGAGGUCAGGGUAUCAGUUAGCGAACGAUAUCUGAGGGAAUUGGAGGAGCGAAUUUCCGGGAGUGCAACUUCCGUGCGGCAUGCGACCUCUGUACAACCGGAACAUCAACCUGCCUUGACCGGAAGUGUAGCUAUUCACUUUUCUCCUAUCUCCAAUGCAACGCCAUUGCCGCCGGAUGACAGACGAAGAACCGGAUGGCAGACAGCGGUCGAUGACUCCACUCUACGGAGCCUUGGCCCAAGGAAUCCCAGUGAAGAGAGGCAAGGUUGUCCUGACGCCCAGUUCUCGCAGAACCCACUCGUAGACAAAAAGGAAUGGACAUUUGCUGCAACACCAGACGGUCGAUAUUGGUAUAUGGGCCCGUCUUCCUCGUGGUCUUUCUGUCGUCGAGUCCUGGCUCUCUUAGGGAAGCGAGUUACUGAAUCAAACUCUGCACCAGAUCCCUGGCAUCUAGAUGGGAUGGCUUUCAAAUUGCAGUGGAAGCAAGUGCCUCCUGAAGAGCUUCCAGAUGUCACUAAUCUACCGCCACUAGACUACGCGCUCUUUCUUUACAAUGCUGCUAAAUACUACCUCGGUUCUUUGUCCUUUCUGAUUGAUGAGACGGCAUACAUUCGAGAUCUGCACGAGUUCUACCGAGAUCCAGGGGCGAAGGCUGCCUCGUAUAGGUCAUGGUAUGCCCAAUACUUACUUGUGCUUGCAUUUGGAAAAGCGUUUAUCACCAACAAGAAUCCAUCGGGGUCCCUGGCUGGGCAUCAAUAUGCGUCGAGGGCGAUGGGCCUAUUGCCCGAUCUAUCGGGCAUACAUGAGGACCCUUUGACGUCAAUUCAAGCUUUGAGUCUAGCAGCAUUGUAUUUUCAGUCGAUUGAUAUGAGAAGGGCAGCGUUCCAGCACAUUGGACAGGCUUUACGUUGUUGUAUUAUCGAAGGUAUACACAGACACGUACCAGAGGAGCUCGGCGGACAAGAACUCUCUAAGCGCUGUCGGACUAUCUUCUGGGUUGUAUACAUGCUGGAUAGAGAGUUUUCUGCACUGAUGGGGGGACCAAACUCGAUCCGUGAUGAGGAUAUCACGGUCAGGUUGCCUGCAGAGGUGGCGACAACCAUAGAGGAUACCAAUCUGACACUUCAUGUACGACUCGCUCGCCUCAUGGCGCGAAUUUUGACAACGGUCUACGGGGUGGACACUGCAUCGAAUGGAGACCUGAUCAGAGAUACACAAUCUAUUCUUCAUGCCCUAGCAGAUCUAUCUCGUGAUAUCACAUCAUUUUUGGAUCGCAAUUUUGAGGGAAUGGUUAGCCCAGGCUCGAAGAUGGUAGUGAGGUUGAUGCUAGCCCAACAUCAUUGUGUGGUCCUGACGACGAGGCCAUUGGUUAUGUGUGCUCUCCAUAUGCACAUCGAUAGCGAAGAGAGGGAAUCGUCACAAGGCAUUUGUUUGUCGCCACCAGUGGCAUCCCUUCUGCAAUGUUGCGCCGAUUCAGCUCAAACAAUCCUUCAGACUCUUCGAUCGCUAGCUGAUGACGACCUGAUGGAUGCAUUCCUGCCUUUUCAGGUUGAACACGCCUUUUCAUCGGCUUUUGUCUUGUACUUAAUCCGUGCAAUUGCACCAUCGCUCAUGAAGAAUGAGUCUUGGUGCGACAAUCUCGACUGCAUUCUUGAAAAACUCAUCAUCAAGGGUAACAUAGCGGCACCACUCCGGAAACUGGAGCUGAAACACCUGGAUGUUAUGUUGGCACCGUUAACGCCGAAGUCUGAGAGCCACGAAAUUCCUCCAAUAACUGCAGACGUGAUUCAAGAUAACCAUGACGAUAGGUAUGCAUUGGAUCAGGUGGAUCUUGGGGAGGAAGUCGAAUGGGAUCUGUUAGCGCUCAACCAUUCUGUGAGCCUUCCACCAAGAGAGCUGUUGGAUUUAGCGGACCAGUUGGACGUGGACAGUAUCAUGAACUCUAUCGGUGCUUGAGUAGCAAGAUAUAUGAUAUGGGAAAAGCAAAGCGUUGACUAUCAUUCUGUGAUUAUGACUUUUGUCCAAUAAGGCCCCCGUUUUGUGCUACCGUCAAAGCAUACCCCUGCUGGAUAAUUCAUGGUACUCUUAAUUAUAUCAACUACAAGAAAAUUGGCCAACUGGGAAUUCGAGAAAAAGAGUUCCUACACAACAGCAAUAAAAUCCACCUGAAUAUCGACAUCGGCGGGCAAUUUCCAUACCUCCACCGUGGAGCGCGCAGGCCGAUGAAGAAAAGCAGAAUCAUACACAGAAGCAAAG